AUUGGGCUGCACAUAGAGACUUAAUUUUAGAUUUGGACAAAAUGGAAAUUAUUUCAUCAAAACUAUUCAUUUUAUUGACUUUAGCCACUUCAAGCUUGUUAACAUCAAACAUUUCUUGUGCAGAUGAAUUAAUGAUGUCCAGUCUUCACAGCAAAGAAAAUUAUGACAAAUAUUCUGAGCCUAGAGGCUACCCAAAAAGGGAAAGAAGCCUCAAUUUUGAGGAAUUAAAAGAUUGGGGACCAAAAAAUGUCAUUAAGAUGAGUACACCUGCAGUCAACAAAAUGCCACACUCAGUCACCAACUUGCCAUUGAGAUUUGGGAGGACCACUGAAGAAGAAAGAAGCGCUGGAGCAACAGCCAACCUGCCUCUGAGAUCUGGAAGAAAUAUGGAGGUGAGCCUCGUGAGACGGGUUCUUAACCUGCCCCAAAGGUUUGGGAGAACGACAACAGCCAAAAGUGUCUGCAGGACGCUGAGUGAUUUAUGUCAAGGAUCCUUGCAUUCACCAUGUGCCAAUGACUUGUUUUACUCCAUGACCUGCCAGCACCAAGAAAUCCAGAAUCCCGAUCAAAAACGAUCAAGGAGACUGGUAUUCCAGAAAAUGGAUGAUGCAGAAUUGAAACAAGAAAAAUAAGAAACCUGGAGCCUGUCCCUAAAGCUGUGGCCUGUAAUCUACAAAUGGCUCUAUAGCGAAGACCACAAGGAAGAGCAGCUGCUUACAUUUCAUCAGCUAUGGAUCAUCAACGGCAAUUUUUCCUUGUCAGUACGAUUAUAAUAGUAUCUUGAAAGUUGUAAAAAUUUAAAGCAUAUUUGUUAUGUAAA